AUGCAUACCAAGCAGAUCCUCGCCAUCUUCUCCCUCUUCACCUCCUUGGCUGUGGCAGCCCCUGCCGGUGAGGUUGGGGACGUGUCACCCCGCGACGCCAGCGAUUUGGAGAAGCGCUCCGCCAACUUCACUAUGUACGGCGGUGACAGGUGUACCGACGAGGUGCAUACCUACUUCCAUCAAGACGGCACCGGCUUCCGCUGCUACCCCGUCCCCGCCGGCAAGCGUUCCAUUCGCGUUUUUGGAAGCUGCAGCGUGCGAACUUGGAGCGGCACGGACUGCCGUGGCGGGUCUGCCGUCAUCACCGAACGCGAUGGCUGCGUGACCAUCCUUUACGGCUCCGUGUCGGUCGACUGUUAA